GACAGGCCUGAGCCCAGGCUGAGAUGGGCCGAGACAGGCUGGCAGCGCUGCCCAGGGACUGCUGUAAAUGGGUGGGAUGAUGCUGGCUGCGCCCACCAUCCUCUUUGGUCCCACCCCAUUCACAGGCCAGGCCCGUGAGAGAUCAAUGGGGAGCAGCUCAGAGGAGGGGCGCCUGCAUCGGCUAAGCCAGCUGGACCAAGAUGCAGACCUCCUGGAUGAUGCUGGCACAGCCAGGCCCCGGGCUGCCCUCCCGGAGAACCGGCUGCUGGAGGGGGAGAAGCCGUCACGCAGCACUGGGCAGGGCCCCUUCUUCUACAUCGGAGGCACCAACGGGGCCUCCAUAAUCAGCUCCUACUGCAAGAGCAAGGGCUGGCAGCGCCUCCAGGACAGCCGGCGGGAGGACUACAUGCUCAAGUGGUGCGAGGUCAAGUGCCGCGACAGCUACCACAGCUUCCGGGAAGGUGAACAGCUGCUGUACCAGCUCCCCAACAACAAAGUCCUCACCACCAAGAUUGGGCUGCUCAGCACCCUGCGAGAACACUCGAGGAUCGUGAACAAGACCAAGACGGCUCUGUGUGCCCAGGCCAGGGUCCUGAAAAUGGAAGAAUUUUUCCCGGAGACCUACCGUCUGGACAUCAGGGACGAGAGAGAGGCUUUCUUCGCCCUCUUCGACGAAACCCAGGUAUGGAUCUGCAAGCCCACCGCCUCUAACCAGGGCAAAGGCAUCUUUCUGCUCAGGAACCAAGAGGAAGUCGCCGCCCUCCAGGCCAAGAUCCAGAGCAUCGACGAUGACCCCAUCUACCGCAAGAUGCCAUUCAGGGCGCCGCAGGCGCGGGUGGUGCAAAGGUACAUCCAGAACCCACUGCUGCUGGAUGGGAAGAAGUUCGACGUGCGCUCCUACCUACUCAUCGCCUGCGCCACCCCAUACAUGAUCUUCUUUGGCCAUGGCUAUGCCCGCCUUACCCUCAGCCUUUACAACCCCCAUUCUAGUGAUCUCAGUGGCCACCUGACCAACCAGUUCAUGCAGAAGAAGAGCCCCCUCUACGUGCUGCUCAAGGACGACACGGUGUGGAGCAUGGACCAUCUCAACCGCUACAUCAAUGACAAGUUCAGGAAGACCAAGGGGCUCCCCAGAGACUGGGUCUUCACCACCUUCACGAAACGGAUGCAGCGGAUCAUGGCCCACUGUUUCCAGGCGGUCAAAUCCAAGCUCCAGUGCAAGCUGGGUUACUUUGACCUCAUCGGCUGUGACUUCUUGAUUGACGAGAACUUCAAGGUGUGGCUGCUGGAGAUGAACUCCAACCCGGCUCUGCACACCAACUGUGAAGUCCUGAAGGAGGUGAUUCCGGGCGUGGUCACGGAGACGCUGGACCUGGCUCUCGAGACCUUCGGGAAGAGCUCCGGCAGCCAGAAGAUGCUGCCCUUGCAGUCGCAGCACCGCUUCGCGCUCCUGUACAACGGCGACGCAGACCUAUGGCCGCGCCCGGGGGGCUUCCGCAGCUCGCCCCCGCUCCGCGCCGCCGACAGGCCUUCCGCCUGCCGCCCCGACGGCGCCCCGGGCAGCGAGCCGCCGCGAGCGGGAGGCGGGGACCCUACGCGGGAGCCCUCGCCGGGGUCGACCGCGGAGGGGCGCGCGGCGCGCGAGGACGCGGGCCACCGGCGCCCCCUCGGGGACCUAUAAAGACCACUUGUUACAAACACCGCCUCCGCCGCGCGGAUGCCCCAGGCUUCCCCACGCGCGCUCCCGGGGCCCCGAACUUUCCUGCAGGCAGCAGGCUGCAGAGGCCAGGAGACCCUGGGCUAUUGGUGAGGGGCGCAUGGUGGCAGCAGAACCGCCCUGAAGGCUGCGCCCCACGACUGGCCCCACGUAUCCAAGUCACUGUGUUGUGCGUGAGCCCAGCCUCAAGGUUUCAGGCGGCUCAGGGCCUCGGACGUGUCCAAGCUCUCUACCACCACCCAGUGCCCCGGCCCCCCGUAAUCCCCUCGCCGCACUGCCCCCAAGCCAGCACACACCCUGGCCGGGAUCCCCAGCGUGCACACCUCCUACUCCCCGUCACGAGUCCUGCCCUAACCUCUCCAACGGUCGCCACUGUCACAAACACCCUCCUCCUGACACGCCCACACUCAAAUCCACCCCACGUCAGUGGGUCCACCGCUGGCGGGACCUGUCUCCCCGCGAUCAGGCUGCUCCACAGGGGGCAGCUGUCUCCAUUCCCCGGGGGCAAGGACCGCAGCACCCCUAGAGGGCGCCGUGCACCGCUGGGUCCCAGCCAGCCCACAGGAGGGGUGCAGCCGGGGAGCCAGGAACAGGGAGGGGCUGGGGCUCAGAGUCGUCCCCCAGGUCACAGAGUUACUGGGGCCCACGUCCAGGGCCAGGGACCCACCUGUCCAGCCAUCCCCAUCCUGCCCACCAGCUCUAACACGCCCCCACCCCACUGCAUCCCUCAUCGUCCUGGUGCCGUGGCCUGGAGUGUGAGGUCCCUAGCAAGAGGCAAGAAGCACACACUUGUCGCUGUGUGAUUGGGGUCCCCUCCCAGUGCGUUCGGUGGUCUCUCCAUGAGGAGACAAGCUCAGCCACUGCCUGUAUCCGGGGAC